AUGAAGGCUUACAUCAACCGCACAGCCACCUUUGCAUGGUCGCCUGCCACCUACGAGUCCCAUUCUCCUCUCAUUGCAACUGGUACUAUCGCAGGCGCCCUUGACGAAUCCUUCAGCAACGAAAGUCUCCUCGAAAUCUGGCAGCCUUCCUAUGCCGCUUCUCCUCCUCAUUCGGCCAACGCCGCCAAUCCCUCGUCCGACGCAAAGCCACUAGCUAGCAUCUCCACCAGUGCACGAUUCAACCGUCUUGCUUGGGGCUAUGUUAACUCCUCUCGUCCAAAAGGUCUCCUCGCUGCUGGUCUCGAGAAUGGAGAGCUAGGCAUCUGGGACGCUCAAAUCGUUUUGGAUGGCGCAUCCGAAUCUGAAGCACAGCUCAUCAAAAAUACAACACACACCGGUCCCGUUCGAGGUCUCGACUUCAACCCUCUCCAGCCCAACUUGCUCUCCAGCGGUGCCGUUGCAGGCGAAAUCUUCAUCUGGGAUAUCAACUCGCCUGCCAAGCCUUACUCUCCCGGCGCUCGCUCUCAAAAGCUUGAUGAGAUCACCUCUCUUGCAUGGAACUGUCAAGUUCCUCACGUUCUCGCCACUUCUUCCAGCAGCGGAUACACUGUCGUCUGGGAUCUCAAAAGCAAGCGUGAAGUCGUUGCUCUUCAGUAUGGCGGUGGUGCUGGCACUGCAGGUGGCAGCCUCGCCUUCAACGCCGCUGCUGCCCUUGCUGCCGGUGGCCGACGCGGUAUGAGCGCCGUUGCAUGGCACCCAGACACUCCAACCCGACUCGUUACAGCCAGCGAGGACGACUCUAGCCCUGUCAUCAUGCUUUGGGAUCUCCGAAACUCGCGCGCUCCCGAAAAGAUCAUGACCGGUCACGACAAGGGCCUCCUCUCCCUUUCUUGGUGCAAGCAAGACGCCGACCUCCUCCUCUCUUGUGGCAAAGACAACCGUUCCAUCUGCUGGAACCCUCAGACUUGCGAGAUUGUUGGCGAACUACCCUCCAGCUCCAACUGGUCUUUCGAGGUGCAAUGGUCCCCGCGCAACCCUGGCAUGCUUGCUACUGCCAGCUUCGACGGCAACAUUGGCGUCCACUCGCUUCAAAGCACCAACGCUCCUGAAUCUCACGCCCCCCCCGCCCCACCCCAAGUCUCUGAUGGCUCCGACUUCUUCAACCAGGUCAGUGCUCCUGAAGCUGCCUCCAAGGGUCUGUCACUUAAACAGCCUCCCAAAUGGCUUCGACGCCCCGUCUCGGCCGUCUUUGGUUUUGGUGGUCAGCUUGUCUCCAGCGGUGGCCCUUCCUCCAAGCCCUUCAGCCCUACCGUCCACCUCCGCGAUCUUGUCUCCGAGCCUUCCAUCGUCGAGAGGGCCGCCAAACUCCAGCAAGCGCUUGACGCUCAGAGCCUCGCCCAAUUCUGUGCCGAGCGCAGCCAGGAUCCCUCCACUAGACCCGAUGACAUUGCCAACUGGAAAGCGCUUCAGACUCUCUUCCGCGCCGACUCGCGUGAUGAGCUCGUCGCACUUCUCGGCUUCUCCAAAGAGGAUGUCGCCCAAAAGGUCUCUCAGUCCAUCGCAGCCUUCAAGUCGAACGGUACCACGGUUCCAGAGGAAACCACUCCUGUCACAAAGGCCAUCGAUGAGCCUGAGCCCGCCGCACCUGCCGUCAGCAAGGAGGCGCCUGUCGCUGCUCCUGACGCGACGACCGCAGUUGAGCCCACCGAGUCCGCAGCAGACAAGCCUGCGGAUACCGAGGCUAAGGACGCCAACGAGCCCAGCCUUUUCAGCGACGAUGCAGCCGGUGCAAACGCCAAUGAUGGCUCCGACUUCUUCAGCCAGAUCUCAGCCGGCCAGACCCCCGCUGUCCGUUCCGCUUUGCCUGACCAUCUCCUUUCCGAGUCUCAAGCUCCCCUGCAGUCCUCAGUCGCUGCCACUGCUGGCUCGCCCGGCCCCUCGUCGGUAGCCAGCGAAAACAUUCGCCCCUCGACCUUCAAAAUCUACCCGUCCGAGGAGCCUGAGGGCGACAAGCUCAUCACUCGCGCCCUGGUACUCGGCGACUUUGACAGUGCCGUCUCGAUCUGCAUCAACAGCGACCGAUUCGCCGAUGCCUUCCUUCUCGCCGUCCGUGGUGGUCAGGAGCUCCUCGCCAAGACCCAAAAAGCUUACUUUGAGAAGCUCACCGCUCAGCUUCCCUACCUUCGUCUCUUCCAGAGCAUCGUUUCGGACGACCUCACCGACGUUGUGCAGAAUGCCGACCUUGGCGAGUGGCAAGAGAUCUUUGUCGUCCUCUGCACUUUCGCCAAGCAGGACGAGUUCAGCAACUUGACCGAACAGCUCGGCCAGCGUCUCGAGUUUCAAUACACAGUCGCACGCAACUCGGAUCCAGCUCAAGCCAAGGAGCACCGCAAGAACGCCGUUCUCUGCUACCUCGCUGCUGGCAAGCUCGAAAAGGUCGCUGGCAUGUGGAUCGAAGAGAUGAAGGAGCAAGAGCUUGCUUUGAGGUCCAACAGCAAGCAAACCGAUGCAUCGCACGAGGGCACCCUCUACUCGGCACGCGCCGAGGCUCUUCAGACUUUCAUGGAGAAGAUCACCGUCUUCCAGAGCGCCGUCGGAUACGUCGACGUCGACCUUCAGCAGCCAACUCAGGACUCGGUCGUCGCAGAGACCGGUGCCAGAUCUUACAAGCUCGCACCGCUCUACGACCGCAUUCACGAGUACGUCGAGCUCUUGGCCGAUCAGGGUCUCAUCACGCCUGCUCUCAGGUUUGCCAACCAGACACCUUCCGACUACCGACCUCAGGGUCCCGUCGAACAGGGUGCCAGUACUGCGCUCAAGCAGCGUCUGCUCAAGGCUGAAAGCGCCCGCCCUAAGGGCCAGCCCGCUGCAGCCCAAGCGGCUGCCCCAGCUGCUGCUGCCGCCGCUUCCACUUUGUCGUACGGUCCGGCCUCGACCUCGACCUCGAACGGAUAUGCGCCCUACGACCCUUACGGACAGUCGAGCACGUCGUCCGUCCCCGCUGUUCCCUCGGUGCCCUCUGUGCCUGCGGUCUCUGCAUACCAAGACCCAUAUGCUGCUACUGCUCCAGCACCUGCCGCUACCCAGCCUGCCACGCAAUCACGAUACGCGCCCGCUGUACCUGCUCCAGUCCCUACAGCUAUCCAGCCGGAACCCGUGCAGAACAACAGCUACGGAGGAUAUGGUACUCAAGGCUACCAGUCGGCAUAUCAGCCUACUCAGCCUAUGAUCUCGGCUCCACCCACUUAUGGCGCUUCAUCGUACCAGCAACAGCAGCAGCAGCAGUCACUUGCGCCACCACCGCCGCUGAAGCGUGAUGCGUCUGGAUGGAACGACGUUCCUGAAGGUCUUGCAGCUCCCAAGCGCACUCCCAGCGCCAUGUCCCAGCACAAGUCGACCUCCGCCAUCACCUCGCCCUUCCCCAACGCUCCUGCUCAGGCGCCAUCUCCCUACGGCGGCGCUCCUGGUGCGCCGCCCACCGGACCGCCUCGAGGAGCAACGCCUUCUCGCGGCAUGAUCAGCCCUCCUCCUCAGGGUCCUCCUCAGGGUCCUCCUCAAGGUCCUGGCCUUGCGCAGCGUGCUGGACCACCCGGUGUUCGUCCACCUCCCACGGGACCCGCACAGGGUCAGCCACGCCCGGGCCAGCAGCAGAACUCAUAUGGAGCUCCAGCUCCCGGUCAGCCCCAGCCCGGACCACCUGGUCAGAGUGCUCCUCCUUCGGGUCCAUAUGCACGACAGCCCUCAGGCCCCGGUGCUCCAUAUGGCAACGGACUGCAACAGCCUGGCGCGCCACCUGCUCCAGGUGCCGGUGCCCUUCGACCUCCAGGCCAGGCUCAGCCGGGCGUUCCGGGUCUUGCCGGUCCACCGGGUGUUCCCCAGCGUUCGGCGACCCCGGGCGGAGGCGCCGGUGCACCCCCUCGCAGCGCCACGCCAGGCUCUCGCAAUGCACCUCAGAUGAAGUAUCCCCCCGGUGAUCGUUCUCACAUCCCCGAAAACCAGCGACCCAUUCAGCACGCCCUCCAGCGUGAAGUCGCACGUUUAAAGUCAACCGCUCCACCUGCGCAAAAGAGAAUGGUCGACGACACAGAGCGCCGCAUCAACUUGUUGCUUGACCACCUCAACUGUGGAACCAUUGAUGCUAAGUCCGUACAGGGUCUCAUGCAGAUUGUGGCCGCCAUCGAGGCAAGAAACAAGCAGGCUGCCCUCAACAUUCACCUCCAGCUUGUCACGAGCAGCUCUGGUGAUGUCGCUGCCGGUCUUGUCGGUGUCAAGAUGCUGAUCUCGCGUCUCUGA